AUGUCCAAAUUACUCAAAGAAAUAUGGGUCCGAACACCGUUGAGCUCCACCUUCCGCUCGUCGUCUAGCGGCGUAGAGCUUCCCGUGGAAUCUUCGGAGCCUCUUAUGAAGGGCAUGGACAAGGAAAUGGCUCUCGACGAGCCUGUUUCGGAGAAAUGUGAGCUCAGGAUAGAAGGAAUGACUUGUGGGUCCUGUGUUGAGGCUAUUGAAGGCAUGCUUCGACCACAGGCUGGCAUUCAUUCCAUAAAGGUUGCAUUAUUAGCAGAACGAGGAGUUAUAGAAUUCGAUCCAAAGCAUUGGAAUGUAGAGAAGAUUGUCGAAGAAAUAUCUGAUAUUGGUUUCGAUGCCACGGCAAUGCCACCAUCACGGGAAGACGAAGUCACUCUCCGCAUCUAUGGCAUGACUUGUGCGUCCUGCACCACUACCGUCGAAAGCGGAUUGGUUUCUGUCCCCGGGAUCCUUUCAGUUUCUAUAUCCCUAGUAUCCGAAACAUGCCAAAUCGCCUUCGACCGUGGAAUCAUUGGUCCGAGGGAGAUGAUUUCUCAUAUUGAAGACAUGGGUUUCGAUGCAAUGAUUUCAGACGAAAACAACGCCACCCAACUCCAAUCGCUUACACGGACAAAGGAAAUCAUGGAAUGGCGUAGUCGACUUAUCUGGAGUCUGAUGUUCGCUGUACCAGUGUUCCUCCUCACCAUGAUCAUCCCCAGAAUUCCCGGUCUGAAGUUAUUCCAUCAAAUUCAUAUCUAUAAUGGGGUGUAUUUAAGUGACGUGCUCGUUAUGCUUAUCACAACUCCUGCGCAGUUCUGGGUGGGAGCCAAGUUUUAUCGCGCCGCGUACAAGUCGUUGAAGCACGGAACGGCCACUAUGGAUGUAUUGGUGAUGCUAGGCACCUCGUCAGCAUACUUUUACUCCCUCGCCGUCUUGGGAUGUGCUGCUUUCAACCCAACGCCUGACUUCCGGCCCAUGCUUUUCUUCGAUACCAGUACUAUGUUGAUUAUGUUCGUUUCAAUGGGUCGGUACCUCGAGAACAAGGCAAAAGGCCGUACUAGUGCGGCGCUAACUGAUCUCGUGGCCCUUGCUCCCUCUAUGGCUACCAUUUACACCGACGCCGAAUGCACACAGGAGAAGAAAAUCGCCACCGAACUCGUCGAGGUCGGGGAUACAGUUAAACUCGUACCUGGCGAUAAAAUCCCGGCCGAUGGCAAUGUCAUCCGAGGUUCCUCCAGUGUCGACGAAAGUGCUAUCACCGGUGAAGCUGUUCCUGUCCUGAAACAAGUCGGGGAUACAGUCAUUGGCGGAACAGUCAAUGGCCUCGGGACGUUUGAUAUGGUUGUCACCAGAGCCGGGAAAGACACUGCCUUAGCGCAAAUUGUGAAACUUGUAGAAGAUGCCCAGACGUCGAAAGCGCCGAUUCAAGCUUUCGCGGAUAAGGUUGCUGGGUAUUUUGUUCCGACGGUUAUAUCGUUGGGAGUGAUUACUUUCAUUGCGUGGGUGGCUAUUUCGGGUUUGUCGAGCGAGGAUAGUCUCCCGGCGAUGUUCCACCGACAUGGUUCGAGCAAGCUCGCGGUGUGUCUUCAGAUGUGUAUCAGCGUCAUUGUCGUCGCUUGUCCGUGUGCUUUGGGUCUCAGUACACCCACCGCUAUCAUGGUCGGCACCGGUAUGGGCGCAAAGAAUGGUAUCUUGAUUAAGGGUGGAAGAGCCCUUGAAGCAAGCAAGAACGUUAAGCGGGUCGUCAUGGACAAGACCGGUACCGUUACCGUUGGAAAGCUCAGUGUCGUGGGUUUAUGUUGGGUGCCAGCAGAUGGUGCUGAGAACACCGAGCUGUAUGGUGGUGAUCCCGACUUGAACGGCCUAUGCGCGGACGGGGUUACGACUCGCAAAUCAAUCAUUGCUAUGGUCUCUGCCACCGAAGCUCGUUCGGAACAUCCCUUGGCCAAGGCGAUUGCUGUAUAUGGUAAAGAUCUGUUGAAGGAAGAUGGAUCCGAGCCCGAUGUUGACAUCGAGUCGUUCGAGAGCGUCACUGGCGCUGGUGUUAAGGCACUCAUCACUUGCAGUGGCCAAAAAUACGUUAUACUCAUUGGAAACACGGCUUUCAUCACCCAAUCCUCCAACGGCUCUCUUAAUUCCUCCCUAGCGGCGUUCGAAACCCAGGAAACCAACCUCGGCCGAACUAUCAUUUAUGUUUCUAUCCAGAAAGGCAAUGCACGCCCACAGCCGCUGUUGUCUGUCUCGUUAGCAGAUUCGCCCAAGCCUUCGAGUAAGCAUGCUAUUCGGGCAUUGCAAAAUAUGGGUAUUGAGGUGAAUAUGAUGACUGGGGAUGGAAAAGCUACAGCUAUCGCGAUCGCGAAGCAAGUUGGUAUACGCCCGGAGAACGUUUGGUCUACGAUGACGCCAAAGGGUAAAGCGACGAUGAUCACUGAGCUUAUAGAGAAACAUGGAGAUGGUGUUGCGAUGGUUGGAGAUGGUAUCAACGAUUCUCCUGCUCUUGUCGCAGCUACUGUCGGAAUUGCCCUUUCCUCCGGGACUUCUGUUGCCAUUGAAGCGGCCGACAUCGUCCUCAUGCGCUCUGAUCUCCUCGACGUUGUUGCAGCUCUUCACCUAUCUCGAUCCAUCUUCGCAGUCAUCAAGCGAAAUCUCGUAUGGGCAUGUAUAUACAACAUUCUCGGUAUCCCUCUCGCCAUGGGUAUAUUCCUCCCCAUUGGCCUGUACAUGCACCCUAUGAUGGCUGGCGCUGCUAUGGCAUUUUCGAGCGUUUCGGUUGUGACUAGCUCGUUGACGUUGAAGUGGUGGCGAAGGCCGGCGGAUAGUGUAAUGCCUGAGGAUUCGGCAGAUAGUGGGGUUGCCUGGACUGGGCUGUUCUUUGAUAGUGCAAGAUCCGCUGUUGGAGAUGCCUGGGGGAGUGUUAGAGGCUUGGUUAGUGGAAGACAGACAGACUACGGCUAUAGCCAGCUUCCUGUUGAGAUGAGCAGUCAUUCUGCGGUUUAA